GGGCAUCUUGCAACCCAGCCAAGCUAUUGCUGUUGUCACUGAGCGGUUGCGGACGGUUAACAAGCUCAACACAGAUGUUGCAGAUUGGCUCGCUGAACGACGCCGAUUAGAGGAAGCAUACUAUCUCGGACUUCGGAAGCUUGCGCGAAGACCACAGCCAGAAGGAGGCCAGGCAUUGGGGUCAGAUACAACACUCAACAACCUCUAUUCUCUCGAAGCAGCUACUGAUUAUCGAUAAUUCUAUGUGAUAGGGUCUUUGAAAUACCAUGGCAGCGGAUCCUUUCUGCGACAGAGUCUAUGGCUCACUCGCACGAAGCGCUAGCUAACGGAAUUGAGACGGAUGCCGAAAGACCCCUCAGAGAAUAUGAAACCAAAAAUGCAGACAUGAAGUCAAUGAUAACAAUCCAGAAUGACCUUGCAUCUCUAGCCAAGACUCUGGAGGCUGCCCAAAAGAAGCUUGAUAAGCUUAAAGAUAAAGGCCCCAAACAUGCUUCAAAAGUGCCCAGCGCACAGGCUGCCGUGGACGAUGCCAGAGCGCAAUGGCAGUCUAGAGCGCCCUUUGUUCUCGAGCAACUGCAAGCUGUUGAUGAACACCGUGUCAACCAUCUGCGAGACAUCCUUACUCAAUACCAAACUCAUGAGACAGACCAUGUUGAACGCAGUCGCCAGGCCGUAGAGAGCUCUCUUAACUCGUUACUAAAUAUUGAAGCGGGCGAGGAGAUCCGCACGUACGUCAACAAGAAAAGCGGAGGACGAUUGCCCUCUGAGGCCGUCCCAUCUACACCAGCUCCAACUUCGCCUCGACAGGAUACACCAACAAGUCCUAAACCAACCCCACCGGCUACGACAGAGCCACUACCGUCUCCUCCUGUUCAUGAUGACGAUGCGAGUCAGCGAUCUGGUACUUCUGCACAGCGUCGUCCCAGCCUCCAACAGACCCCCGAGCCUCGCCAUACUGCCUUUGGCGGCCUAAAACGACUUGGAACGGUUAUGGGGAGGCGCAAGAGCAUGAUUGUUCCUUCUACUGGCCCCCCUGAGAAGAAAUUUCGAUCUCCUUUCACUACAUUCCGCCGUACCGAUCCAUCCCGCAAUUUUCAACAAAUGGACGAAUCAGAAGGGCAUAAUGGCUUAGAGGCGGUUACUUCAAUGAAAUCUCAAAGGCCACCGUCAUCUACUAUGAAUGAAUCGGCAUUCAUUGAGUCACCUCCUUUACCGGCGCCGAAUGAUAUCCCCGAGGAGCCUGUAGCAGAAGAAUCCAAUGCAGUAAAUGGGCAGUCAACCGACGCACCUGGUCAAACCUCACAAGUCGAUGCAGAAGGCUACUCUCAGAGGCCGGAUAUAGAAGAUGAAAUUACAAGAAUACAAAGGGAAGCCGCUGCUGUUGAUGAUUCGGGCAUAAACCUAACCAUUCGAGACCAGCCUAUCCCAGAGGAUGAAAGCGAGGCUAAACAAGCAUUGAACCAAGUGGCAAACACGCUACGACUUAAAGCACAACAAUCUGGCGCCGCCCGUGGCCCCGGGACGGUUAGAGGACGUCGUGAUGUACGAAAUACCAUGUUCUUCCCUCAACCUCCGCUCCCAGGCACUGGUCACAGUGCUGAAAACCCCUUCCCUGCUUUGAAUAAUGCUGCAUCGGCACAGCCAGGAGCCCCCGAGAUGCCAAGGAACCAGGCAUUGCCGGAAAAAGUUAUCCAGGAGGACCAUAUGCCGGAUAAUACCUCAAUUCAUUCCUCGCAGACUCUGCACAGCCUAUCGGGCCCCAUCACACACCCUGUACUACCGGAACCCGGCCUUAAUGCUUCCAUUGUGGAGAAAUUAACGGUCAUGUUAUCAGAGGGUGUUGUUACCAGAUCACUUGUUGUCGGAGAGCUUGCUCUUGCAUACAAUAACAAUACAUCAGGAGAAGAUGCCUCGGAAUCGCAAGUUAUCCGCCUAAACAACUUUGGAAUCCUAGAACGGGUGGCUGCGAACCCACAAUUUGUUACGGAGAGGAGCUUAACUGCAUCUGGGGGUGAUAUACCGCAUGACGAUUCCUCCAAAGGCCAAUAUCAAGUACGUCUAGCACAGAUUAUGGGUCCUACGCCAACAGUUGCCUUCAAAUAUCAGAUCCAUCUGGAUUCUUCGAACCUAUCCUCAUACUGCCCUGUUAUCUUCACACCCGUUUGGAACGAGGAGGAAUUUCAAGCAAGUGUUAUUGUACAAUAUUCGCUGAACCCUCAAUUUAUAUCCUCCGACUCGAGUGCAUCUGUUGUUCUUCACAACCUGGUGCUAUCGGUGGGCCUGGACAUAUCACAAGUUGACGAAACAACUAUGCGUCCUCGAGAAGUUGCUAAAGCUGUGGGUGCAGCCAUGCAUCCAAGCACCGGUGCCGUUUUCCGACGCAAGAAUUCGUCUGUAACGUGGAAGAUCCCGGAACUAGAGAUUAGGCCCGGUGAGGAUGGGAAAUUUCUUGCUAGGUUUACAUCAUCGACCAGCGGGCCGAGAAGGGGCAAGGUAGAAGCCAAGUUUGACGCGACAUGCAGCAACAAUACUUCGAGGCUUGGUAUGAGUGUGCUUACUUCUCAGUCAAGUGCAAACUCAGACCACAAAGACAAAGAAGAUGACCCAUUUGCGGAUGAAGGCCUAGGUACUUCUAAAGAGGGAGAUCCCUCUAUAGAACCCUGGGCAGAGCCUUUGACUGAACGUAGACUCACUAUUGCGAAGUACGUUUCGACAUAGUCAAUUACUUUAUGGUUGGCUACUGGAAUCUGUCUAUUCGACUGGCAGCACUCUAGUCAUUUCACUGAUUAGUUUCACCGCUCUCUCUUUCGUCCUAUGUAUUUGGUUGAUCCAUUUCUUACCUGUUAUCAUAUACCCUUGAAGACAGGUUCAGGCGUAGACAGGCAUCAUUCCUUCUAGCUCUUUUGUAUUGCUUUCUUGAUUAUACCUUGUAUUUUCCUGCUGUAUCCCGUUACAUUUAUAAAAUAUAUAUUACCCAGUAGGAGUGCAUAAGAGUUGCACGGGUGAAUAUUUCAGCUAGCAGGAAUCCCUUGCAUUGUCCAGGUUCAUUUAAUAGCAAUUAGUGUACAUAGAUAUGUUGUUAUCCUGAAUACCUAGACUUGACUUCAUAUAGCCUGCUCCCUCGAAUAGUACAAAGCCUAAGGGCAAGCGCAUAAACUCGGCCUUGAUCCAAGUGCUAAACACGACCUCUGCCUUGGUCAGGCGGGUUCGUAACUCGGCAAAGUGCAGCGAUUCGGAUAUCAAGCAUAGUAACCACCUAGCAACAUCCUCCAGCAAUGAUGUACGUGCAAUGUUAAACGCACUCUUCUGAACUGCUCACAUAGCAACAAAAAGCUGUCUCUGAUACCGCAUAUCUGACAUUCAUCCUCUACUAAUUAUUUCUCCGUAGAGAUGGAAGAGGAACAAGCAGCAAAGCUAAGAUCCCAGCUACGGCUUCAAGUAUCAAAUCGAAGGGAAGCUAUUAUACAGGUAGCCUAGAAAUUAGUAGCUGCUCCGUUACCGUGCCCUCCAGGAUAUACCACAUUAGCAGCCACAACUGCCAUACAACUGCUUAAAGAAGCCAUCCCAGACAUUCAGAUAACCCAUCAUGUAACCGGCGCGGGAA